UCAAACUCGUAAAAUUUGAUAGUAACUAAUUUUCCAAUGGGUUAUUAAUUUAUAAUUUAUAUUGUUAAUCUAACAAAAUAGUUAGGUAUUACUUUAUGCUUAUUAUAUUAGUUUACUAUUUUGCAAUUUUCUCUCAAAAUAAAAUUAUACAAUUCGAUUUUACCGAUUACUGAGCACUGGGCGAAAAUAUCUUGGAUAUUAUCACAAAUCACAAUACUCUAGUCUGUGCCAAGUACUAUAUCUAUAGUACCUAUUUGUCUGUGACUAAAUGCUUCAUGGUUAGAUCAUUUUGAUAUUUGGCAUUUGCUAUUAUUUACUAAUAAUUGUUUAAUCAUGCCUUCUGCAACUGAAACCAAAAAUAUAACUAGAAGAGAAAUUCUUGACAUGAUGAAUGAAAAGGAAAAACUUGAACAACAAUUGAAAUCUCUUGGAGAAGUUUUGCUAUCGCAUAGAGUCGGCAUGGAUGAACCUUUGGUGGAUGACCAAGACUUUCCCAGAAAUGACAUUGAUGUAUACCAAAUAAGAUUAAUACGGAAUCGUAUUAUUUGUACACGUAAUGAUUUAAAAGCCAUUAUGGACCGUAUUGAAAAAAGUUUAAAUGCUUAUUUUACACAAAGCAACCAUAAUGAACCCGAACAACACAUACAUAAUGGGCAUUGCAGUUUGAAACCAGAUAAUUAAUAAUUCAACAAAUAUAUAUUUUGAAUAUUAUAAUUAUUUGUAUAUACCUUAAAUAUUAUUUAAAAAUUAUAAUUUUAAACUUUUACUUAAAAUUAAUAUUUGAUCAAAUUAAAUGUUUUUUGUUAUUGCUAGUAUCUACAAGUAACUUAUGUAGAUGUUAUCAAAUAGUACUCUAAAAGUUUGAAAAGAAACUUUAUUUUGUGACAGCUAAUAUGACUAUAGCCCCAAGGAUUGUUUUAAUAAACAAAAAAAGUAUAAACAAUGAUAGGAAAAUGUAUUUAGUCUUACAAUUGUUUAGAAAUGUCUUAUAAAUUUUAGUAAAUUUGGUAAUUUUACAUUUUACAGUA